AUGGCGACGAAAAACAAGAAGGGACGGUUUGUUAAACAAGGACACAGUAAACAAGUUACCGCACUCUCCAAAGGCAGAAAUACGCGAUGGAACUCAGAGUGCCAUUCAGUGUCAAAUGCAGAGGCAAUUUUAUCAAAUGAACUUGAUCACAGUUACAACUUAUCUAGUGAAAACCAAGACCCGGUCUAUAAUGUUUCCAGGCAAGAAGAUAUUAUUGUGUCGGAUUGUACUAGCGAUGUAGAAUUGGAAUGGCGAACAGGUAGGCGGGUUGUUGAGUUAGGUACUCUAGCAAACGGUCUGAAAGCUUGUCAACUUUGCAGCCAGCCUUUACACUUGAUUAACACUGUCUGUGAGAGAAGAUUUGGGCUAGCGCAAAUUCUAGAAGUAAAGUGCAUGUAUUCAGAAUGUGGCCUUGUAAAUGAUGUUCCAACUGGAAGUAAACAUACAUCACAGAACGGAGGACAGGCUUGGGAUGUUAAUACUAAGUUAGCUGCAGGAAUGGUAAAUGGAGGUUUUGGGGAAACACACAUUAACAGUAUUCUUGCUGCCUUGAACAUUCCAAGCAUAACCCAAAAAGCACUUAAGAAGAGGGAGAGAGAAGUCGGACAUCAGCUUAACUCUAUGGCAGAAGAAUCAGGCAAGAAGCAGUUAAAUAAAGAAUUAGAGAUGAGCGAUGGAAAACUGACAGUAUCUUUUGACGGUGCUUGGCAAAAACGUGGAACUGGUCAUGCUUAUAACAGCCUUACAGGACAUGCCACAUUAUUUGGCAAGAAUACCAAGAAAUGUGUUAGAUAUGCUGUAAAAGGAAAGAGAUGUAGAAUAUGUGAUGUAGCAAAGGAAAAAGGAGUGUGUCCCAGAAAACAAGACUGCUCACGAAAUUGGUCUGGCUCUGCAAAAGCCAUGGAACCAGCCAUGGCAUGUGAAAUGAUCCAGAGCAUUUAUGAUGAUGAAGCAAAGGUUGAUACCCUUGUCAUGGACAAUGAUUCUACAACAAUUGCACGAUUAAGGGCUACAGUAGAUAGUACCAUAUCCAAGCAGGCGGAUAAGAACCAUACCAAAAAGGGUUUUACAAGUUCCUUGUUUGAGCUUAGUAAUAGCUACAAAAUACUAAAAAACACAAAAGUACGUGGCCACAUUGAAAAAUGUUUCAUAUACUGCAUAAGUCAAAACAAGGGCCAACCAAAAGCAAUAGCUGAUGGAUUGCAGAAAAUAGUUCCGCACCUGUAUGGAGAGCACGAUGCCUGUGGAUUGUGGUGUAAGAACGAAAAGAAGGACUACAAGCCAAGAAAUUUACCUUUUGGUAAACCAUUAAGUUGUCAAGAUUUUCGACAUGCCCUAGAAAAUCUAUUCCUAAAGUAUGCUGCUAAGGCAGAUGAGCUCGCAGUUCUUGGUUCGACGCAGGUCAAUGAGAAUUUUAACCAUAUGGUGUCAUCAAAAGCUCCGAAACGAUUGUAA